CUGUGAGAUCUAAGAGGGGAUCAAGGCUCUGUGCUUGUCAAGGCUCCUUUUAACGCAGCUCUGUGAUUCGGAAGGGACACAGUCUCCUCUGGCUUUGGUGUGAUGCUGAAAAGGUGCUCGUUCUGUAAGAAAGGGGAAUGUAUCAAACCUGUAAAGGUGGAAAAAAAGCCUGGGAAAGCAGCAGCUAAGAUCAGAAUUGAAGCUGAUGGGAGCUAUGUUCAGAUCACUCAGGAUGGAGAAGCACAGAAACUGGAGAAGGCUAAAAUUACUCUGAAUGACUGUUUAGCUUGUAGUGGCUGCAUUACAUCAGCAGAGAGUGUUUUAAUCACUCAGCAGAGCCAUGAGGAGUUCUCCAAAACUCUAGCUUUUAACAAGGCUGCAGCUCCCAAUGAACAGAAGCUGGUGGUGGUUUCUGUUUCACCACAAUCCAGGGCUUCACUGGCUGCAAAAUGUAAAAUGAGCAUUCUGGAAACAGCAAAGAAGUUGACUGCAUUCUUAAAGAGUCAAGGUGUGCACUAUGUAUUUGAUACAACUUUCUCAAGAAACUUCAGCCUGCUGGAGAGCCAAAAGGAGUUUGUAAAACGCUUCCGAAGGCAAUCAGAAGACAAAAAGGCUUUGCCAAUGCUAGCUUCUGCCUGUCCAGGUUGGAUCUGCUAUGCAGAGAAAACCCAUGGCAGUUUCAUCAUUCCUUACAUCAGCACCACUAAGUCUCCACAGCAGAUCAUGGGCUCCUUGAUAAAGGGCUAUUUUGCAGAGCAGCAGCACUUAACACCUAAUAAGAUAUACCACGUAACAGUAAUGCCCUGCUAUGACAAGAAGCUGGAGGCUUCAAGGCCAGACUUCUUCAACCAAGAGUACCAGACUCGCGAUGUGGACUGUGUAAUCACCACAGGAGAAGUGCUAAAGUUGUUGGAACAAGAAAGAGUAUCUCUCUCAGAUGUAGAUCCUGCUCCUUUGGAUACCAUGUUUAGUAGUGCCACAGAGGAGGAACUCACUGGCCACUCAGGAGGUGGCUCUGGUGGCUAUUUGGAGCACAUAUACAAGUAUGCAGCCAAGGAGCUCUUUGGCAUUGAAGUGGAUACAAUUCAGUACAGACCUUUAAAAAACAAGGACUUCCAAGAGGUGACACUGGAGAAGGAUGGAGUAGUGCUGCUCCACUUUGCUUUGGCAUAUGGGUUUCGAAACAUACAGAACUUAGUGCAGAAGCUGAAGCGAGGGAAGUCACCCUAUCACUAUAUUGAAGUCAUGGCCUGCCCCUCAGGUUGUUUAAAUGGAGGUGGCCAGAUCAAAGUGGAAGGUGAAUCUAGCAAGGACUGGCUCCAGCAAGUUGAGAAGCUGUACGAGUCUCUUAAGACUGAAGUUCCAGAGGAGAACCGGACUGUAACUGCCCUGUAUGAUCAGUGGCUGGGUGGCACUGAGUCUGAAAAGACAGGGAAAGCUCUGCAUACAGAAUACCAUGCAGUGGAGAAAGCAAACGCUGGAUUUAACAUCAAGUGGUGAAGGCUGAUGCUGGAAGCAGACUGCAAAGCCCGGAUAUACUCAGUGCCUUUCAAGUCGAUUGUAUUUAAGAUUCUCGAGAGGCAGCCAAAGUUCUGUGCCGUCAUUUCUGUGCCGUCAAUGGGGAAUUGCAAUUUCUCACUCUCAGUCAGAGAGGAGAAGGUAACGUGCAUAUAGGCAGGCAGUGGUAAUUCUUCAAGCUUUAUAAUGACUGAAGUGAUACAAAUAAAAACGGAACAGUGAUUAAAAUUUGUUAAAAGAAGCACUAACGUAUCUUAGGACUAAAUCUGCGCUCCCUUUGCAAUCCUAUUCCUACCAGAACUGAUGGAUUUAAGGUACUGAAGGACUUGGUUUGCAGCAGGCAAAAUGAGCUGUGUGCUGCAUGAGGACAUCCCUCAGCCAGGCCUCACAGCACUGAGUUCAUGGCUGUCUGUGCUAGGACGUUCUCCUAUAGUUACAAAUGGUCUCAUUAGACCUUGGGCUCUGUGUUUCUGUGUCACUGCCCCUGACUGGAUGCCCUUGAAGCACAGCUGCAGCAUUUUUGCACUGUCAGAGGGUUGAACCCCAGCACCCUGCAGUCGUGAGAGCAGCGUUAUCUCCAGGGCUGCUGUAUGGCCUGCUGAAAUGGGACUUGAAAUUAGGCUUAAGAAACAAACAGCCAUCUGCAUCUACCCUGGCCACAAGUCAGUUACUGAUUAAUAAUAUCCUGAAAGUCAGGGAAAACCAUUCUUACAUCCUAUCAAGUGAGAAUGGCUGAGCUUUGGUGUCUCUGAAGGGUGUCUAUGUAUAAAAGUUAAUGGAAGACUGAAGGAUGUAAGCGUUGCUGCAGGAAAUUACCAGAACUAUCCAAGUGGUUGGCAAAAAUACACCUGGUUUAACGCUGUGUGUUGUAAUGCCUUGCCAGGUGAUGUGUGAAUGCAAAUGAUUCACUAUGGAA